GCCACACAAAUCUCCAGUCUUAUUAUUUUCAUUAAUAAAAAUAUAUCAAUAUUGCGACAAUGUCCGCAGUCUGAACAAAUAAUCAUUAUUCAUGCCCAUCCUGGAUGAAGCAUUUGUGAUACAUGACACGCCCUGCUGAGUCUUCUUUGAUAAUUUAUUUAUGUGUAUAUAUUUUCUUACAGAGCUCAACCCUGUUAUGUCUUAUCACCAGUUCAAUUGAGGGAGAUGUGGGCAUUUGACAACCUGUGUGCCAGUGAAACAAUGCAAAUUCCCCUCAGACACUGUAAAGAAAUUGAAGAUGAGUCAACAGCAGAAUUUUGUGGUGCUACUUCUGAACAACUGAUGCUUAUGAAACAAUGUGUAAGGACCAUGUGGGAAAAAGCAUCAACUGUUUUGGAAUUCUUCACUGAGGAGAGCAAUCCCGAUCUUGGAUUUCGCAUACGUGCCAAGAAAUCACUGCCCUUCUCCAUCAAAUUUUUAGAACGGGAUUAUGUUGAAUUUGGGUGGACAGCAUCAUGCGCUCCAGUGACAAGUAAAUGCUACCAUCUCUAUGAGAGAAGUCCAAUUCAUGUGGCUGGAUAUUUAGGUGGACCAUUGUCAUAUCUCAAUUGGAAAGGAAAGCAUCCAAACACUACUGUGACAAAGUCCUACAAAGGUCCAGAAUCAUUCUCUGUGUACAUUAAGUCAUCGCCCAUGAAACCAGGAGAUGAGCUUUUCUGGGAUUAUGGCUCUCCAUCGCAGUUGCCUGAGUUUGGGAAAUGGUUCAACGAUAAGUGCUGUUCUAUCAUACCAUCAAAUGAUAUAAGAUGUGAUCGAUCAUUAUUGAAAACGUUUCAUCAAAACAAUCUCAAGUACUUAAACAAGGAGUGUUGUGUGCUGUGCGGAAAACCAUUUAGUGUUUCCCCCAGUGGACGGAUUCAGAAGAAGCCUCACUUUAUUGACAGCCAUGCAGACUUUUUGGGGUCAUAUUGGGAUGGUAUUGAGACCUUUGACCAUGAAGUUGAUGGGCAGUUAGUCCUGCGGAAUGCAGACACCUUGAACAGUUUACUUGCAAGUCUUGCAAAAAUGAAAUGGAAAGUCAUACCUGCCUGCAAUGUUUUUACUUUGAGGGAGAGGAAGAAAUUUGCAUCCUCUACAAAGCGAAGUCAGAUUAUGGGUGAAUUCUUUAAGCGUUCGCAGCUGUUGCGUGAAGCUGGAACUUUAGCCGUACGAGGCACAUCACUGCCCUCAGCUUUUGAACACUUAUUUCCCAUUCAAACUUCAACAUGGGGAAAUCUACGUUGGAAGAAUGGCUCACAACCAAAGCGAGGGCAUUAUGGGAUACCUAAAGACAUCUCAGAAGAACAUGAACAGGAAUCUGCCAAACAAGUUCAGCAAUAUGUACUUCAGAUAGUGGCUGGAGGUUCAGAUGGUGUUUUUGAUGAAGCUGCUGACUGAGUCGGUUUAAGAAUGUUAAAAUUUAACUUUAAGUAACAGGUUUAUUAAAAGGCAACCGCCAGAAAACUGAAAGCCAACUAGGUAAAUCACAACGUACUUGUCAAGAGUGUUGAGA